CAAGGUUAAAAAUGCACGCAAUGCAAUCUAUCGACAAAAUGGACCAUCUUUUGGAAUGAUAGAUCUUAAACUGUCUCCACAAGAUAACGAAGGCCGAACAUGGAUAUGCUGUAAGGCUGAUUAUGAAAAGCUGAUUCGGCAUGAACCAGGUACUUUUCAAGUACAAGAAUACGAAGUAUUCCAAUAUUUAAAAAAUUGA